AUGGCCCGUUGGCAGAGCUACGUGGAUAAUCUGAUGUGCGAUGGCUGCUGUCAGGAGGCCGCCAUUGUCGGCUACUGCGAUGCCAAAUACGUCCGGGCAGCCAUGGCCAGGGGCAUCUUUCAGGGGCAUCAUCUAUUUCAUAUUUCAAUAGAAAUAGAUAUGAUUGUAGGAAAAGACUGGGAAGGUUUCUUUACCAACGGUUUGACUCUUGGCGUGAAGAAAUGCUCAGUGAUCAGAGAUAGUCUCUACGUCUAUGGUGACUGCACAAUGGACAUCCAGACAAAGAGUCAAGGUGGGGAGCCAACAUACAAUGUUGCUGUCAGCAGAGCUGGUAGAGCACUGGUUAUAGUCAUGGGAAAGGAAGGUGUCCACGGAGGCACACUUAACAGGAAAGCAUAUGAAUUUGCUUUAUACCUGAGGAGGUAUCCCAACAUAACCAUCUGGAGUGUCUCCAGUUUGUUCUUCAUAGGACCAAUUUUUAUUUGCAGCUUGACUUUUUAUAUGAGGUUGCAUUACUGUGGACUUGGCUGUCUUGUGAUGAAUUUUUUUCAUAUGUAUUCUGUGCCAUACAAUUGUUAA